AUGGGUUCCAGCGCAAGCCGUGUGGUCGGACCUCCCGAGACGCCCCCGGCUGGCCAUUGCUUUACCGCCGCAGAUUCGCAGCGAUUACGCUUUUGCGGACGGCAUCUGCAAAAUGAAGGCGGCGGAAGCGUUUCCUUCGAUUGGCCCUGCACGAGCUUCCGCUUCCGGACCCGUUCGAAGCGCGUCUGGCUGCGGAUGGAUGGCGCCAGGAACUAUUUCAACGUGCUAGUCAAUGGCGGCCUGCUGCUGGUGCUGAAGACUUCUGCGGCCCUUCGAGACUACCGCUUGGACAUCCCAGUGCCAACGGCCCCAGCGCGGCCAGCGGGAGCCGGAGGAUCUGUCGUGGAGGUGCAAAAGCGCACAGAGGCACUCAUUGGCAGCUUGUUUCAGAAGCCGACCGGCCUUGUCGUGCUGCAUGGCAUCAUUGCGGACAGCGAGCUGGAGGAGCUGCCCCCUGACGAGGUGACGCGGCAGCUGGAGUUUUUGGGAGACUCGGAGACGAGCGGAUUUGGCAACCAAGGGCCCAGCCAACCGGGCGAGCCAGGACUCAUCUCCGUGCUGUCUAUGCAUCCUGCACAUCAAGAUGCCAAUCAAGCCUGGCCAGCACUGGUCGCAGGAGCCCUCAAAGCAGACUUCCACAACAUAGCCUGGAGUGGAGCAGGUGUCGUUUGGAACGCUCCUGGCUGCUCAGCAGAAGUACCCUUCAAGGACCUCUACCUGAGAGUUCUGGGGACGAAAGAGGAGCCGACCAUCAAAAAGGGCGACGGGUGGUCUCCAGAAGCCACGGUGGUGUACCUGGGCGGGAACGACUGGUGGUCUCUCUCUUCUCGAGGUGACGAUGCCCUGAUCGACGGCUUGCGCGAGUUCCUCACGCGACUUCGUGCUUACAGAGGACCAGAAGUUCCUAUUUGCAUUCUGCUACCAUCGCCAACUUCGGUAUGCGCAUGCAUUGGCAGCUUGCCAGAUCAGGCGACCUUUGCAGCUGACAUGUCACGCUGUUGGCGUGCAGCUGCUCAGCUGGCUGGUGACGAGAAGGUCUUCCUGGAUUUGAUUGAGCCUGACCCCCCUUGCUCGCUGUCCAAUCCCUCAGACUGGGGACAGAUGGGGCAUUGGUCCGUGGAGGGGAACAAGAAGUGGGCGGCAGCCGUGGUUCCCGUUCUCAAGGCACGGCUAGAUUCGAUAACUACCUGA